AAAAUGACGCAGGGCGGGGGCGUGCCCGGGAUGCGCGCUGCGCUGGGCUGCUUGUUGUUCCCGCAGAGAGGCGAGAAGAUGGCGGCCGUGUCUAGCGGAGGUGCUGCUGGGUCCGCUGCGGCCGCAAUUACGCACCCUGCCCGAGCGACCCACGCAGGAAUGGGCUCCCAGAACCGGGCCCCGCCGUCCUCUGGGAUCAACCCCAGUAGUCGUACCAGCACGGCCAGCGGGUGCAUCACUAAUCCCGGGCACACUUCGGCCACCAGGCCCCCUCCAGCCCGAGUGGGCCACUACGAAAUCGAGCGGACCAUCGGCAAGGGAAAUUUCGCGGUUGUUAAACUAGCCACACACAUCAUCACUAGAGCAAAGGUGGCUAUAAAGAUUGUGGAUAAGACCCAGCUGGACGACGAGAACCUGAAAAAGAUCUUCAGAGAGGUCCAAAUCAUGAAGUUGCUGAAGCACCCCCACAUCAUCCGCCUCUACCAGGUGAUGGAGACGGAGAAGAUGAUCUAUCUGGUUACAGAGUAUGCCAGUGGGGGAGAGAUAUUCGACCAUCUGGUGGCUCAUGGGCGCAUGGCAGAGAAGGACGCCAGGAAGAAGUUCAAGCAGAUUGUGGCAGCGGUCCACUUCUGUCACUGUCGCAACAUCGUCCACAGGGACUUGAAGGCAGAGAAUCUGUUACUGGACCACAACCUGAACAUUAAAAUUGCAGAUUUUGGAUUCAGCAACAUGUUUUCUCGAGGCCAGCUGUUGAAGACGUGGUGUGGCAGCCCUCCUUACGCUGCUCCAGAGCUUUUUGAGGGUAAAGAGUACGAUGGACCCAAAGUAGAUAUAUGGAGCUUAGGUGUGGUGUUAUAUGUGCUGGUGUGUGGCGCCUUACCCUUUGAUGGCAGCACUCUACAAAAUUUGCGAGCGCGUGUCCUCAGUGGAAAGUUCCGCAUCCCUUUCUUCAUGUCCACAGACUGUGAGUACUUAAUUAGACACAUGUUAGUUCUGGAGCCCAGCAGACGGUUGAGUAUGGAGCAGAUCUGCAAGAACAAGUGGAUGAGACAAGGAGACCCAGACCCAGAUUUUGACAGGUUGAUAGCGGAGUGCGAGCAGGUGAAGACAGAGAGAGAGAUAGAGCUCAUCAAUGAGCAGGUGCUGAUGGCCAUGUCUGAGACGGGGUUGGACCGGGAGCGCACAAUUCAGUCCCUGCAAUCAGAUGCUUACGAUCACUACAGUGCCAUCUACAGUCUGCUCGCUGAACGCCUCAAGAAACACAAGACGCUGCGUGUCGCACCGCCCCCACCCCGUUCCAUUAGCUACCCUCUAAACGCCGUUCAGCAGACAGACCAACAAGGUAAUCCUGUUAGCAUGACCGUGCCCCAUGUCCAGCUCAUCAACCCAGAGAACCAAAUCGUGGAGCCUGAUGGCAACAUGGCCCUGGACAGUGAUGAAGGGGAGGAGCCGUCUCCAGAGGCCAUGGCUCGCUACCUUUCAAUGAGGCGGCACACUGUGGGGGUACCAGACCAAAGGACAGAGAUGCAGGAGGAUCUCCAAAAGCUUCCACCAGGUUUCCCUCGUGGUGUAAUCCCCCAGCCCCCCUUCCCCCAACUUGUCCCCACUAUGGCCCAAAUGCACACUCUCAUGCCCACACAGAGCCUGCAGCCUACACAGCAGCUGGAGUACAAGGAGCAAUCGCUGCUGCAGCCGCCUACUCUGCAGCUGCUCAACGGCAUGGGCCCCCUGGGUCGAAGAGCUUCCGACGGCGGGGCCAACAUUCAGCUACAUGCUCAGCUCCUGAAAAGGCCUCGAGGACCCUCACCGCUUGUCGCCAGCCCGCAUCCUAAUACCGCUGUAGCUCCUGUGGAUGAGGAGGGUUCAGACGGAGAGCCAGACCAAGAGGCAGUGCAAAGGUACCUGGCGAACCGCUCCAAGCGGCACACGACGCACGUGCUCCCAAGCACAUCGCAUGGCGAGCCCUCGACAGAGUCACAGCGGCCCCAGGGCCCCCGCCAGAGGGGCGGCUGGGUGCCUGACACAUAUGCCCGAUCCACCUACAAGGACUGUAACACCCUACAUCUCCCCAUGGAGCGCUUCUCCCCUGUCAGGCGCUUCUCUGACGGCGCCGCUUCCAUCCAGGCCUUCAAGGCUCAUCUGGAGAACAGCAGCCUCAUUAAGCAGCUCAAGCAGGAGUGUGAGCAGCUCCAGAAGAAGUAUGCUGCCCAGCAGGAUGAACGGUUCUUUGAACACACCCAGCAGCAGCACAUCCUUUACCAGCAAGAGCAACAGAUCCUUCACCAGCAAAUCCAGGGUCUGUCUUUAGGCCAUGGAGAGAGCCAGCCCAGCCACUUAACCCACCAGCUCCAGAGGUUGCAUAUCCAGCCCUCCAGCCCUCCGCCAACACAUCCCAGCAACCACCUCUUCAGACAGCCCAAUCAGAGUCCUCCGCCUGGCUCUGCAGGCCUAAUGCAAGGGCAUGGGGCUCAGUCAUCGGUGCAGUACCAACAUGGUGCUCCAGCGAUGUACCAGGGACAAAGUGGCAGCCCGCCCCCCACAGGCCUGCCUCGAGUCGCCAAUCCGCAAGCCGCACCUGGCCGGCCUGCCGUCUCACUGGCACCGGGCGUACUGCAACAACAGCAGGUGACCAUUCAAGUGCAGGAUGUAGAGCUGGGAGGAGGGGCACAGAGACCAGGCAGCUUCCUGUCCACACCAGGCGGACACAGAGUCCUUGGGAAGCAGCUUAGCGCAGACAACGCGGAGACGCACAGCCGCAGCCUGGGCCGUUUCACCUCUGCCUACGACCAGGCCCAUUUCAAUCACCACCUCUUCUCCGGCGACGCUGCCUCUCGGGGUGCCCCUGGAGUCGUUGGCUCCUACAACCCCUAUCUGCAGGCCGCCUCCCUUAAAGUCCCCGGCCUGGAAGGCUACCAGAGUGGGGCUGUAGGGACCAGCAGCUAUGGGACCCCCUCCACACUACAGCAGGCCCUACUCUCCCCAACUCCUUUGGACUACUGUCCCCCGCAACAGCACGUCACCCCCACCCUGCAGGGCCUAUUGUCUCCUCGGCACUCUCUAACAGGCCACACAGACCCCAGGUUGCCCGCCCAGGACUUGGCUGCCCUCCUGAAGAGACAGAACCCCCGGCAGUGCCCGGCGCAACAAACCCCACCCAGUGGUGCAGCACAGGAGUUUGGAGAAUUGCUGCUUCUCCGCCAGCUGAGCCAGGGGGAUACCCUGGAACCCCCUGUGCCCCAGCCUGCCUCUGGGGGUCAACACUACCACCAUCUCCUCCAAAUACAACCCCCAGAGGUUCAACAGCAGCAGCAGCACGUCUCUCAGGCGCCAUGUCCAAGUUUACCACACUCUGAGAGCAUGGAAGAGGAUGAGGGUCCUGCUGUAUCCCACCAUCCGCAUGAAGGCCUGCUGACUAAAGCAGGAGAAGCACAUGAGCUCUUGGGGGCUCCCCGUGGCGGUACUCCACCUUACAACUCCCCUACACACAGGCACAAUGCUUACAUGAGGAGUCCUCCUGCUUCAAGAGAAACUGAGCAUGUAGAGUGCCGGCCCCAAGGACAGGCCAUGGAAGUACCUGAUCACAAUGGGCUUAGCUAUCAGCGAGGUGAAGUCUAUAGAUCUAGAGGGCAGCUGCAGCGUCACCACACCAUUCAGACCUGUGAUGAUGUCUACGAUCAGGCAGAUCCCAUGUCUGGUAUGAGCCUCUUGGCAGGAAAGGCGCUCAGCUCAGCUCGCAUGUCAGACAUUCUCAGCCAGACGUCUCUGACUGGAAGCCAGCAGCUGCACCAGCGAGAGGAGUCAGUUUGCGAUGUAGAAGGGGAGCUCCAUGCUGCAGCCUGUUACCCCUCGUCUUGCACCAGUGACAUGCUCCUCAGCUACAAACCCCCUGAUCUGCAGUACAGCAUGGAGCAGGCUGGGGUCUAGCACAGGAAGGGGUGAAUCCUCUGUGCGUCGUCCAUAUCAGCCACCCUGAGUUGUUGACUUGAGUUGAGCAGCAUCACGCCAAACCACCGUUGUCUGUCCAAGCGGGGGGCGCUCUGUCUCCAUCUGUCUGUUUCCAUCUGUCCCUUCGAAGGGAGGGCAAGAGACGGGGAGUGGGGGUGGGUGGGUGCUCCAAAGGUGGGGCCUCGAGGUUCAAAAGGUCAAAGUGCCAGCAUUUUCUACACAGACAUCCAGCAUUGUUGUGUUGCAGAUCGUUUUCAAUUCUCACCUUUCAUCUUGGGUAGCUUGAGGUCUCACUCUUCCCCCUUUCGACUCGCCGACCUAACCCCCUUCCCCUCAGCAACCCGCCCACUUCACGCCCACCUGCGGCCCUGACCUAAACCUCCAUUCUUCCCUCCCCUGGCAACUGUACGGCAUACAUUCAUUACGUGCCUGACUGGCCAGUGCAUGUACACAGCAACACAAUGAGACGCACACACUGCUGCCACAAACCCAAAGUAUUCCCAUUAGCUGUGUGUGUGUGUGUUUGUGUGUGUGUGUGUAUGUGUGCGCGCGCAUAUGCAUAUGAGCGAGGCGAGGGAAGGGGUGAGGAAUGCCGUGUUACUCCUGCUGUCCUGGUGCAAAUGUUUUCAGAGUGGGCUGAAACCUCAGCAACAAAGGACCCAUUUCAGGUGUUUUAGGUCGGGUUCUGAACGGGCACCAACGUCGCUCCAUCCAGUGGUGGAGCUCUUCAACAUCGCACAGGACAAACCAGCUCUUUUCUUCCUCCUUUUCAAGCAUUCUGUAUUUUAUUUGAAAACUCAUUUUACAGUUAAUGUAGGCAUUUUGGUCAACAUGGUUACUUUUAUGUUUUUCUUCUGUAAAAGAUGUUUAUUAUAUGAAAUAUUAUUAAAGAGAAUGGUUAUGUGUUGCAAGGAGGACAACAAUGUUCUUUGACUUAAUUCUGCACUUUGGGUUCAUGCUGUGCCUCUGUCCUCUUUUUCCUGUCCUCUCCUUCAUGCUCCACCCUGCUUUGUACCCACCCUCCCUCCUUCCCCAUCUUCUCCACCUCUAACGCCCCUCCACCCACGUUCUCCAUCCUCCUCUCCCACCCGUCAGUGACAGUGUAUUGCAUUGUGGGUAGUUUUACCAGACAUUUCCUCCUUUCCUUGUACAGUGAUGCCAUGUAUAGAAAGCUAUUACCGUUUCUGUAUCAGAUCAUUUAUUUCUUCCAUUUUCUUUAGUUUUUUUCCAUUUUAUUGGGGACUCUCUUUUUUAUUUUUAUUGGUAUUGUUUAUUGUUUGUAUUUUUGGAGUCUUUCAAAUGUUUUCCUUUCCUUUUUUUUUUUUUUUGCUUUAUUGAUCUUGAGAUUUCUAGCCAAAAGAGGACAGAGAAGAGAGCUCUGCUCUUUCUGUCGUAAAAAAAAACCAUUGUUAUUAUUUUAAUAUUAUUAUUAUUAUUAUUAUUAUAUUGAGACACUUGAAUAAGAGCAAUUAUUUUCUGUUGCUUUUUAAAGUAUCAUUUCAAUCGAUGUUGUGACCGUCAUUCUCGUUGAUGUUGGGCCUGUUUUCUGUUACCGGGUUUGUUGUGGCAGACUAUACAGGGUCAGGCUUCGGGCUUUGUCUGGGUUGGUUUGGGUGCUACAGAGACUCAUAAAAAAGACAAAUAAACAAGGGAAUAACUUGUAAAAUAGCUGACAUAUCAUCCUAAACAUCCCAAGCGUGGAGACCGAUAACUUCUACCCACCCACCCCCCGUCCCCGCUGUGAUCCUCCCAUCAUCCUCGACUACAUCCACUUCUGAUAAGAUGGCGCCUUAUGGACUCGGCCCCUCUUCCUGAGCUAACUUUGCCAGAACCACGGAGGAAAGCUACAGUUACCUGUCUGUUUCUAUUGUUUUGUUUUAACUUUACUUGGUUCCUGCAUUGUUUAGUUUUUUUCCAACCCAAAACCUGGAGCGGAGGAUGGGAAGAGGUGAAAGCUGUAUCUCAUGACCCCUGAAGGGUCCCUGUUGUUGAAGGACUCCAGCGAACUGUAAAAGGGAAUCAUUUCAGGAGUUGGUUUCAAGUCAUCUGAAGUCUUCAACAGCAAAGGGAUCCAAGGUUGUACUCAUUGCAGUCAAAUGCAAGGUGCGGCACACCAUCAGAGAUGAAGCCUCCACCUUAAUGCUUUAAUCCUUUUUUUUUUUUAUGUCUGUCGUCCCAACAUGCUGAACAUAGAAACAAAAUUUGACCACAGAGAGACUGCUUUAAAGCACAUAAAGUAUCACUCAUGUUUGUACAGGUCAGACAUCCCAAUACCUGACUGCACGGUUGCUAUGAACACCUGAGCGAGUUCCAGCUGACCCAUUCUGAUUAGUUUGUCCUCUAAAACAAGUAGAGCUUUUUGUCUUAUAGGAGCCCUGCAAUUACAGCUUCAGUGUUCACUCCAUCUCUGUUUUUCUCUCAUAUCUGUCCUCAUUUUUCUUCAUCUCUGUUUACACCAAGCCAAAAAAAGGAGAGGGGGGGGGGUCUGGAAGAGACGGGACCGUUUCCUGAAGCCAGGAGAUGAUCACGGCUCUGAAAGCAUGGCAGCAAAACGAUUCAAAAUCCAACCAGGAGCUUCGUGACUCUAAUGUUGUGACUGGCCUGAGUUGUGUGUGUGUGUGGAGGUGGGAGGCAGAAGGGACCACUUAUGGGAAUUUAAAAGACUGCACAGAGUUACAAAGCAAGCAGCCUCACAUACACACAUUCAGGCUGACUAUUGUUCUCCCCUUCUUUCUUUUAAAUGUCCCCCAACUCCACCGACUGCCAUCUUUUCUCGCCAUCCCUGCAAGACGACUCUCUGCUCCACCCCUCUUCCUUAGCUUCUUUUUGUUUUCUAUCAGUUCAUUUAACGAAUUAUUUUUUGUUGUAUUUCUGUUCACUCCUGUUGGGUACAAAAAUACUAAAGUGCAACAACAAUGGUUCAAAAGAAUAUCAACCAAACUGAGAUGAAUAAAUAAAUAUAUAUAAAUAAAUAAUUUAAAAGGGUUA